UCUCGCCAUCCCCGAUAAAGAGCAGAAAGCGGACCAACAUCUCGCCUCCACAUCGCAACAGGCGGUCGGAAUCCCUCUCGCCGUCCCCGAAAAAGAGCAGCAAGCGGACCAACAUCUCGCCUCUACAUCGCAGCUCCAAAUCCAGAGAUCGAAGAGAACUUUCCCGGUCACCCUGUGGCUGGGGAGCUUUGAUAAGAGGAGAGAUAUCUCGGGAGACACCUAUGACCACUCCCAAAGGUCGACAGCCGUCCAUCAAAAGCCACAGUACGAAGAGUAGUAGAGAGAUAUCGACAGAGAUUCGAGUAAUGGAUAGAGGCCAACGCCCGGAAGACCUUAGGACUGCGGCCUAUCCAAUGUCGGAAGCAAAAUUCCAGAAGAAGGUGAUAUAUCUUCUGACAGACAUCCGGGACAUGCUCAAGCAGGUACAUGUGGGAAUGCCACAGGAAACCCGGCCUACCCAACUGCCCCCGAGAGCCAAUUCAGUUGAAGAAUUGAUGGAGACAGAAACAACCCUCAAAUCCUUGGAGGCAAAGGAGAAGAUGGUUGCUAGUCUUUCUAAGAUAGGAGGGAUCAACAAUAAGGACACAGCCAAGAACAUCUUGCAGAGGUUGAUGGCCAAUGACGUCAUGUCAAAAUUUAAUAUGAAAGGAAAGAAGGGAAAGUUCGCGUUCAAGGGUACACGGAUCCACCAGGCCAUUAGAGAAAGUAUGUUGAAGGAGGGCGUGACUGAACACAUCAUAGACCAAGACUUGGCAUACUGCCUGAAGUAUGCCCCCGACCGACGAGGCGGCGGAGGCCGAAAAAAGGACACUUCAAGUUGAAACUGAACGAGGGAACACUUGAUAGUUAUUGAUACUCAUCACACAGAACAAUGUACUACAAUGCAUUUCAUCAUGUUGUCGGUGCCCCAGUGAUGAUAUAAACUAGUAACACUUCAUGAGCAUAAUUUGCCCCAGGCUUCAAAGUACGUGUGAGCUUAUGAGCUAUACAGACUAGUCUACACUUCACGAUGUCACUGACUCACUGCCAAACCAAUCAUCAUCUGAUUUAUUGUUACCUUAUCAUAUGUACACAGUCAUCACCGAAGGCUAUGCUAAUGUCAUAAGUCCCUGUGAAUCGGUGGACUUUUCUGUAUGUGUUGCAGGUUUCCUUACUUGUUUCCACCUUUUUUGUCUUGCCUUUUGUCAUCCCUGAUGAAUGUACAAUGUCAAUAUUGAAACGGUAAUAAAUGAAUAAAUAAAUGUAUGCACAUUUGCUAGUAA